AUGGAGCCGCGUCCGGAGCGCAUAACGCGGGGGCGUAUAUACACCCCGCUGCGUCAGGUGUCUCCUGGGGACGAGGAGGACUUGGAGUUGCUGUCGCGGGAGUACCCUUCGACAGCAGCAGCAGCAGCAGCAGCAGCAGCAGCAGCGGACCCGCGCAGCCUGCCGUCGAAGGACGCUGCAGCAGCAGCCAUUCUGCACGCCAGCCACCACGGAGACAGUCUCCGGGGGCCCCUGGAAAUGGAGACUCCGCUGGACUCGCAAGGGUCUCGUCGGGAGUUGGGGCCCCUGCGGAGUCUGGCGACGUUUGUGGGCCCCCCUGCGUUCACAGCAGCAGCAGCAGCAGCAGCAGCAGCGCGGGGGCGCCGCUCGUCGUCGCUGUCGGAGAGCGGGCGGGGGGCCCCGUCCGAGGAGGGGGGGGCCCCCUACGACUGGCGGGGGCCCCCCGGGGGCCCCUCGGAGUCGGGGCCCCUGCACUCGCAGGGGCAGCUGGGCACGGACUUCAUGCGGAACGUGCCGCAGGUGCCGGGGAUCCCGCAGAACUGCGUGAAGGGGGGCAGCACUUUGUUCAGUUUGCUGGGGCUGCUGCUGUUCCUGCUGCUGUGCUGCAGCUUCGCGCUGCAGUGGUGGGGCGAGGCCGUGUUUGCUGAAGAAGUGACCCUGGAGCCCGAGGGGGACGUGACCCUGAACCUGAAGAACUGCGGGGUGGCCUUCAGGGCCUCGGGGGGCCCCCGGAGCUUCCUGCGGGUGCGGGCGUGGCUGCAGGAGCGGGCGGCGAGCCAGGCGGGGGCCCCCGUGCUGCGGAGGGGCCCCCAGGGGCAGCUGCAGGUGCUGCUGCACAUGGGGAACUUCGACCCCUGGCACAAGUGCUCCGUGGACUUCCACCUGGCCCCCGGCUUCCGCUUCGGGGCCCUCGCGCUGCUCUUCGCCCCCGCAGACCGCUACAUCAGGGUCUCCGCAGAAGUGCCCCUCAGGGGGGCCUCCUUCUUCAUGGAGGCCUUCCACGCCUACGUGCAGCUGCGCUCCGUGGAGGCGCGGGCCAUGCGUUUCACGCUGAGUGCGGGGCACUUGUACUUGGAGCUGGACGGGCCCGCGGCGGCCUACAGCAGCAGCCCCAUAGCCAUUGUCUCCCGCACAGCCCAAGUCCACGUGGUGUCUCUGUACCCGCUCAGUGUGUCGAUGAGCGCGGAGACUGCGGCCUCGAGUCUCUUCCGCGCCACCGGCAGCGUCCGCGUGGCGCUGCCCAGCAGCAGCAGCAGCAGCGGCAGCAGCGGCAGCAGGGGGGAGGCGCGCGCGCUGCUGCAGCCCGCGGAUGUGGCCGCUCUCUUCGCGGGACUCAUGAGCAUCCACUUGGACAUCGACGCUGAGGAGUCUGCAGUCUACGCCACCUCCAGGGGGGCCCACGAGGACCCCGAGUGGCCCAUGCACACCUGGGCCGGA